GGACGUACCGUUCUCGAAAUUUACUCUCCGUUUACCGUUCUCGAAAUUUACUCUCCGUUUACCGUUCUCGAAAUUUACUCUCCGUUUACAACUGUAGACGUACCGUUCUCGAAAUUUACUCUCCGUUUACAACUGUUCUCGAAAUUUACUCUCCGUUUACAACUGUCGACGUACCGUUUUGGAGAGAUGAUUUGAAUGUGAAAAUAAUAGAAAAUUCUUUGGGAGAUCAAAAAUUACAUGGAG